AUGGGCAACCCUAGAACGUUCAAAGAUCUCAAUGAUCAUGUGCGCAUGAUCAAGCCUUGUCUUGUUUUUCUUAUGGAGACGAAGAUGGUUGUUAGUAAGUUAGAAAGUAUCAAGUAUAAGCUGAAUAUGGAGGGUUGCUUCGGAGUAAGCUGUGAAGGGAAGAGUGGAGGUUUAGCUCUCUUUUGGGAUAGUUCUGUAUCAAUUUCAAUAAAGAGUUACUCUAGCUUUCAUAUUGAUUGUUUUGUAGAGGAUGUAAAUCAGCUGCAAUGGAGGUUCACUGGGUUUUAUGGUAAUCCAACACAAUCUCAAAGAAUCCAUUCUUGGAUGCUUCUGAAGAGAUUGAAGGAUUUGUUCUCGGGUCCUUGGGUUUGCGGUGGAGAUUUCAAUGAGAUCUUAGAUGCUUCUGAGAAGGAUGGAGGUAAUCCUAGGCCUGAGUAUCUUAUUAGAAAUUUCAAGGAAUCAUUAGAGUAUUGUGAGCUUUUUGAUACUAAUGUUUCGGAGAAAGGUUUCUCUUGGUGGUGCAAGAGAGCGUCUGGAGUUAUCAGAGAAAGGUUAGAUCGUUUUGUUAUUAAUCUAGGGUGGCAAACGCUCUACCCUAACUUUGGAGCUCAUCUUCUCGAUUUUGGUAAUUCUGAUCAUAGACCUAUUCUGUUAUAUGGUCAGAAGAAGCGGAAUUUCAGGAAUAGAAGAAGAGGGAGUAGAUUUCAUCUGGAAGAGGUAUGGACUACUCAUGCUGAAUUUAAAGAUAAAGUUGCUGAGGUGUGGAAUUCUGGGGAUAGAGUGAUGUCUAUGGAGGAGAUUCCUAGGAAGCUGAAUUUUUGUGCUAAAGAGUUAGGGCAUUGGGGAAGACUUAAGUUUGGGAAUUUACAGAAAAGAAUUGCAGAGAAGAAAGGCACUUUAAAGAAUAUUCUUAAUGCUAGUAAUGGUUGUGUUUCCUUGGAGCAGGUGAAAUCUGUGGAAUUGGAGAUUGAGGAGCUGGCAUCAAAGAGAAGAGCUGCGAACAGGAUUGAGGGGCUUCAGGAUGAGAAUGGCAACUGGAAAGAAGAACCUAAUGAGAUUCAGGAGAUAAUUCAGAGUUAUUUUGCAAAUCUUUUUGAGUCCUCUAAUCCUAGUGACCAAGAGAUUCAGAAAGUGACUCAACAUGUGGAGGCUUCUAUUACAAAUGAGAUGAAUGAGAAACUGAUCAGAAGUUUUACUGCUGAGGAAGUUAUUAACGCUAUCAGAGAUACUCCAGCUACUAAGGCUCCCGGUAGAGAUGGCUUCCCUGCGUUAUUUUUCCAAAAAUAUUGGGAUAUAGUUGGAGAGGACGUGGUUAAGGUAUGUCUUAAUAUCUUGAAUGAUGAUGGUGAUUUAAGGUGUAUUAAUCAAACUGUUAUUGCUUUAAUUCCUAAAGUAAAGAAAGCUGCUAGGAUGACCCAAUUUAGACCCAUUAGUCUUUGUAAUGUGAUUUACAAAUUUAUGUCUAAGGUCUUAGCAAACAGGUUUAAAAACACCUUAGAUAGAGUUAUAGAUGUUGCUCAGAGUGCUUUUAUUCCUGAUAGACAGAUUAUUGAUAAUGGUCUUAUUGGUUUCGAGUGUAUUCAUGUAAUCAAAAAAUCUGUUAGGAAGAAGAAUGGGCAUGCUGCCAUUAAGCUUGACAUGGCAAAAGCCUAUGAUAAAGUAGAAUGGAGGUUUCUAAAAGCUAUGAUGGAGAGAAUGGGCUACUGUAGAGGGUGGAUUAAGAAAAUUAUGAAUUGUUUAAAUUCUGUCCAGUUUUCAUUUCUGGUGGAAGGGCAGGUUAAAGGGAAUAUUAAUCCAGAGAGAGGUCUGAGGCAGGGUGAUCCGCUCUCACCCUAUCUCUUCCUUAUUUGUGCUCAAGGCUUGUCGAGUUUGUUGAAUUCAGCGAUUGAUAAUGAUUUGAUUAGGGGUUUAAAGUUUGGAGAUAAUUGUGUGGUGUCCCAUUUAUUUUUUGCUGAUGACAGCCUUAUCUUUACCAGAGCAAAUGUAAAUGAUUGUGCAGUUAUUAGAGAUAUUUUGCAGGUUUAUAGUAAAGCUUCAGGUCAGACUAUUAAUCUUGAUAAGUCUGCUAUAUGUUUUGGCAAGGGAGCUGAUGUGAGACUUCAAAAUGAAAUUAGCCAGAUUCUUCAAAUUCCUAUUACUGAAUGCCAUGAAAAGUACUUAGGGCUUCCCUCUUCAGUAGGAAGGAGUAAAAGCCAGAGUUUCAAGUCUAUCAAGGAAAGAAUCUGGAACAAGUUGCAGAGUUGGAAAGGAAGUCUUUUUUCUAGUGGAGGGAAGGAAGUACUCCUCAAAGCAGUGAUUCAGGCAAUUCCGAGCUACUAUAUGAAUUGCUUUAAGUUCCCAAAGAGUUUAAUUAGAGAAAUUGAGAGGCUUUGCUGCAGGUUUUGGUGGGGAAGUGAAGAUGGAAACAAUAAAAUUCACUGGGCUAGAUGGAAGACCUUGUGCGAGCCAAAGUGUCUUGGUGGUUUGGGUUUUAAAGACUUAGAAUGUUUUAAUAAGAGUCUAUUGGCUAAACAAGGGUGGAGGAUUUUUAAGAAGCCAGAUUGUGUGCUAGCAAAAAUUCUUAAGCAUAGGUAUUUUAAGGACGGCUCGUUCUUAACAGCAGGAUGUCCUAAUUCUGCUUCAUAUACUUGGAAAAGUAUCUGGUGGGGAAGAGAGAUUCUCAUGGAAGGCUUAAGAUGGAGGGUCGGAGAUGGUAAGUCUAUUUAUAUUUAUCGAGAUAAAUGGCUUAACAGAGAGAAAACUUUCAGAGUGAUUAGUAAUCCUGUUCUUGCUGAAGAUGCUGUUGUUGGGGACCUCUUCCUAUGCCAGGGGCAAUGGAACUUGGAGCUUUUAAAGGCCUCUUUUGUUCCAGAUGAUGUGCAAUGUAAUUACUCUGUGAGGAGUGGUUAUAGGGUGGCUUUUGAUGCUAGAGUUUGUGGUUCAGGAUCUGAUAGUACAGGAGUGAGGCGCUGGUGGAAGUUUCUGUGGUGUUUAGCAAUACCCUCAAAGAUAAAGAUUUUUAUUUGGAGAUGUUUUCAGAAUUGGCUUCCUGUCAGAUUGAAUUUGAUUAAUAGAGGUAUGUGUAUUACUCAUAUAUGCCCUGUUUGCAAUAAAGAUAGGGAGUCUGCUAUUCACUGUCUUUGGUUUUGUAAAAAUGCUAAGAGUGUGUGGAAGGAGUGGAAUUGCUAUGAUAAUUUUGAGGUUAGAGAAAAUUGGAGUAUUCAGGAUUUGAUUUUCUAUGGCUUUCAGAUUUUAGAGAAAUCUGAUUUUAUUGUUUUUGGUGUGGUGUUAUGGCUCAUUUGGAAUAACAGGAACGGAGUUGUGUUUGGUAGAAAUUGUAAACCUGCUGCACUUGUGAUUGACUGGGCUCUUAGCUAUAUUGAGGAGUUUAAUUCUGCUAAAGUGCAUUGUGCUAAUAUUGUCCUGCCCCAUAGAUUUGCAGUGGGAGAUUGCAUAUGGGUACCUCCUAAGCCUGGGACCUUCACUGUGAAUGUUGAUGCAAGUUUUGACGUAGGCAAUGGCAGAUUCAGUACUGGUGUUGUUAUCAGAGACACUUUAGGGAAGGUGAGAGCUACGGCAAAUAGAAGAUAUGAGCAGCAAAUGGAUGUUAGUUCUGGAGAGGCUUGUGCUAUCAGAGAUGGGAUCAGUUUGGCGAUGGAAGCGAAUCUUAUACCUUUUCAGAUUUUAUCUGAUUCGAAGGUAACAAUUGAUACUUUCAAUAGCAAAAAUUCUCCCUGUAAUGAACUGAGUUUAAUAGCUGAGGACUGUAGAAGAAUGAUACCUAUGAACAGCUGCAUUGGCUUUUCUUAUGUCAAUAGAAAGGCUAAUAGGGCAGCUGAUAUUAUGGCUAGAUUGGCUUUUAAAGCUAUUGAUAGUUUUUCGGUUUGGUUGGGGUGUGUCCCUUCUGAAAUCAAAGAUUGUGUAUUGGCUGAUUCAUCAGCUGUGAAUUCUUGA